AGGAGGUUCAACUUUGGAAGAGGAGAGAAGAGCUUAAAUCGCCGGCAUCAAUGUCGACGGCGUACGUUCUAGAACCCCCGACCAAGGGUAAAGUCGUCGUCCAUACGACGUACGGUCCUAUCGACGUGGAGCUAUGGCCGAAGGAAGCGCCCAAGGCUGUUAGGAAUUUCAUCCAGCUCUGUCUGGAGGGCUACUACGACAACACCAUAUUUCAUCGUAUCAUCAAAACUUUCUUGAUUCAAGGCGGCGAUCCCACUGGCACUGGAACAGGUGGUGAAAGUAUUUACGGAAGCCCGUUUUCUGAUGAAAUCCAUUCCCGUUUAAGAUUCAAACACAGGGGUUUGGUUGCUUGUGCUAAUGCUGGGACACCUAAUUCAAAUGGAAGCCAGUUUUUUGUUAGUUUGGAUCGUUGUGAUUGGCUUGAUAAGAUGCAUACCAUCUUUGGCAAGGUUACUGGUGAUUCUAUCUAUAAUCUUCUCCGUCUAGGUGAAGUAGAAACUGGUAAAGAUGAUAGACCAUUGGAUCCAGCUCCAAUGAUAAUCUCAACUGAGGUCUUAUGGAACCCUUUUGAGGACAUAGUUCCCAGAAGACAACCAGCAACAUUGUCUUCUUCGGUAACUGAAGCAGAUAAAGGCCCGAAGAAAAAACCUGUCAAAAAACUGAAUUUGCUUUCAUUUGGGGAAGAAGCUGAAGAAGAGGAGAAGAGUUUGGCUGCAGUCAAGACAAAAAUAAAGAGUAGCCAUGAUGUAUUGGAUGACCCACGUCUCUUAAAGAAUGAGAACUCAUCUGAUGCCAAAAUAACCAGAGAUGUUCAACUAAGUGUGAGAGAAGCUUUGAACUCAAAGAAAGAAGAGAGAAAGAUUGGAUCAGAAGCCAAAUUUCCUAAUUCUUUUGAUAAUAGUGAUGAUGAUGAUGAGGCAAGCUUUGAUGCAAGAAUGCGUCUACAGAUACUUAAAAAGCAGAGCGAGUUCAAGGAAGUUCCACCAUCUAAGCAAAAAUCUAAAAAAUCAAAUUCUUCUCGGAAGGAACAACGGGAACAUUUACCUUCAAGAUCUGAUGAUGAUGACGACGGCGACGAUGGUCCAAGUGUGGAGAAGUUGUCACUAAAGAAGAAAGGAAUGGGUUCUGAAGCUAGGGCGGAACACAUGGAUAAGGCAGAUUCAGACUUACAAUUGUUUAAUGAAACUGAACGGCAAAGACAGUUAUUGAAAAUGAAGAAGCGAAGACGCCAAGGACAUGAAGCCGAGAUGCUUGCAAAGCUGGAGAACUUCAAGAGUUCCAUUUCUACAAAACCAGUUGAGUCAACUGGAAAGUCUACAAGCGGAGGAGGAGAAGAAGAUUUGUCUGAUUGGUCCAAAGUUGAGUUAAAAUUUGCUACUGAAACGGGCAAGGGUAAGAUGACACGCAAAGACGAUCCCAAUGAUUAUGUGGUGCACGACCCUCUAUUGGAAAAGGGAAAAGAAAAGUUCAACAAGAUGAUGGCUAAGCAAAAACGCAAAGGCCGUGAAUGGGCUGGCAAAUCUCUCACCUGAAGCUGACCUUGAUGUUAGAUUUCACUUCAGUAGCUUCAAUAUCCUCCCCUAGUCCCGAUUCAGACUUUUUUUUUUUUUAAGCUUCUUCUUGUUAAAUAACUUUGUAUUCUAUAUAAUUAGGAAUUGUCUUUGGCCAACUCCUUUGAUAUUUUCAUGGAAAUUAGAUUAUUGUACACUUU